AGGAAGACCCAAGUGAUGCGUUUUUUUUUUUUUUUUUGUGUUAGUGUGUAUGAGAAGUGGUACAUGAAGUUAGGGUGGAGCACUCUGCGGCCGUCUUUGACAGUUUGCGCUUCAUAGAAGAUUAGGCUUUUUUAAAACCUGGACCACCAUGGCGAAGAACUUCAAUAGUUUAGGAAUCCCUGUUGGCCACAUGAGCCAGGCAGUGUCAGAUGGAGAGCUGAACAUGACUGCGCGCGGCUGCGGAGGCAGCAGCACCAGCCUUCCAGGGACUCCAGGCGGAGACGCCGGCCCCGCCAACAGCGUGCUGAGCUGGGCCGUCUCAUUCGAGAAGCUGUUGGAAGACCCCUGUGGGGUCAGUUACUUUACGGCCUUCCUAAAGUCAGAAGUGAGUGCAGAGAACAUUUUAUUCUGGCAGGCGUGUGAAAAGUUCAGGAAGAUUCCAGCAACAUCCUUGGAUGAGCUAAAGAUGACAGCUCGCUCCAUCUAUGACACCUACCUGUCUGAAAGUGCUCCUGACUCGAUAAACAURGAUGACACGGCCAAGACAGAGGAGAAAGACUUGGAUCAGCCCACUCCGGACAUGUUUAACAAAGCUCAGACGCAGAUUUUUAAACUCAUGAAGAUGGACAGCUACAGGCGCUUUGUGCGCUCUCCUCUCUACCAGCGCUGCACCUUAUCGAGCGUAGAAGGCAAACUUCUACCACAGAUCUCCACAGGGCCUCGACACGUGGGGUCCUGGGAGGAUGUGGUCACUAAAGGCACCUCGAGUGACAAGAAGGGCAAGAGCUCAGACUCCAACAGCCGGCUGGGUGUGAGGAGUGCCUCGGAGAAGAGGGGAUCCUGGGGAGAUCCAUCAAAUGUUCGAGUCUCGGGAGCCUUUAAAGACUCUCUAUCUGUGAAAUCAACCAGCAGCGUGGAGCUUGGCUCCCUCCACAGGCAAACUGAGAACGGCCGUUCCAGUCCUCGCUUGCCUGAACAGCUGGGUGGAAGUGGAAGUCGUAUCGGGGUGGAGGGGGGUUACUGCUGUGUCUACCUGCCAGACGGGAGCGCCUCUCUGGCCCCCACACGAAACGGCCAACAGAUCAAAGAUAUGCUGGCUAGUCUGUGUGAGAAAAGAGGCUUCCCACUGAAGGAUGUUGUCAUUUAUCUUCACGGCAAGAACAAGCCCUUAUCGCUGGACCAGGACUGCUCCGUGCUGAGAGAUCAGCAGGUCACUCUCGAGCUCAGGGUGACGUUUGCACUGGAGAUCGCGUUCAUCAGCAGAACCGUAGGAAUCGUGGCGAAGUCCAGUAAGACUCUUCAGGAUGCCCUCUCUGUGGUGAUGCAGAAACACCACCUCAAACCUCAGGAGGUCUCCGUCACCAUGGUUGGAAGUGACCAGGCCUUGACCAUGAGCAGCUCUGUGUUCGGACUGGCCAAUAAGACGAUCCGAUUGGACAAAACCAAAGGUAAAGACCAYACCAUCAUUCCCAGAGGAAGUGGUUCUUUUGUUGCCAAACAGGGAGGAACCACGGGUACGGGUCUGGAGCCUAAAUCAUCUCUGCAGACAGACAGAAACCGGACGCAGCAAAGACCCAGUAAGAACCGCGAUAUGGACGGCUUGCUGGACAUGCUGACGAAGGCUCAGUGCAGCAGAGUUGAUGACCAGCGGGGUCUUCUGACCAAAGAGCAGCUGGAGGUUCCUUCGUUCCUGCAGCUGCCCUCAGAGCAGACCCAGGACUCAGACAGCCCCAGUACAACCACCGACGACUCCAGAACAGAACCAGAGGAGAUUAAAUUCAGUUUGGAUUCAGCAACUGAAAAAAGUCCUGAGAUUUCUGAGUCCAAAGACUUGAAGGAAACAACGGUUUGACGAGGACCCAUUUGAAAAGUGGACAAAAAAAAGAUCAUAAAAUACACAAACAUCUCCAAACUCUGAGAUGUGAAUCUAAACCUCGCACCUUACAUUCACCUGUUAGCGAAUAAGCUCAGAGACAGCAGAGUCCUGCAGACUCUUUAAUCAUUAUUGGCCUUUUUCAAGGUUUUCUGUAAAGAAAAAAAAAGAUCCUGGCAAACAUUUAUAGUGUCAUUUUAACCACUACAGAUCCUUGCAGGAGAAUGUUUGCUACAUGUUUAAUGUGUCCAAAAAUCCAUGAAAUGUUACCUUUUUUUAUAACCCUGUAGCCUGUAAGAUACUGUACAGUUUAAUUUACACAUCACAGUUGGUUGUUUUGAAAUAAUUUGCUUUUGUUGUUUUUGUAAGUUAUGUUUUUUUCCUGGCAGCAGUCUAGCAGGGCUUUUAUAAAGUGUUUCUUUUUGCAAGAUGUGUUUGUUUUAGAGGUGGGAAAAGAUUUUUGUCUUUUUUUUUUUUUUUACAAGGAAGAGCUUUAAUACUUGAAAUUUGUGUUAUUUCUAAUGCAUACCCAGCACUUAGAGGUUUGUGUGUUUGUGUAUGUGUGUGUGUGUGUGUGUGUGUGUGUGUGUGUGUGUGUGUGUGUUUGCACCUUGUGAAGCCAGGAUCAAGUCCUGUCAAAUCUGACUGCAGCUCAGGGAUCAGCUCUUUAACAAAAACUCCAUGUGAAACAGAGCAUUUCUGAAGCAUGAACAUAUUUUCUAACAACUGUCUCUCUGUCAGUGUCUCUGCUGCAGGGUUAUGUGCUUUAACGCUCUGUGAGGAGAUCUUUUCAUGAAUGAUGGAGGUCAUUUUCUGGCUUAGAAAAACAACUUUUGGUUUUUAAAGAAGCAGCGAGAGCCCAGUGGGCUGUCUGCGUGACUCACGCAGGAUCAAACCAGACUGAUCUGUUUUAAUACGUGUCAGUUGUGUAAAAUUACAUUUGUCUUUUUACUUUAUCCUGAUAAAGAAGAAUUGCCUCUAA